UGUGCGUUGUCAACGUCUUGACCCCCAGCAGACCUCACCCGUGUGCGUCGUCAACGUUUUGACCCCAGCAGACAUCACCCGUGUGCGUCGUCAACGUCUUGACCCCAGCAGACAUCACCCGUGUGCGUCGUCAACGUCUUGACCCCCAGCAGACCUCACCCGUGUGCGUCGUCAACGUCUUGACCCCCAGCAGCCCUCACCCGUGUGCGUUGUCAACGUCUUGACCCCAGCAGACAUCACCCCCUCUCUGCUUCACCUGUGUACGUCGACAUCAGCCACAAACGAUAUUGAACCCGUCCAUAGAAGUGGCUUUAAAUCAGGCUAAUUACAGACGUAAUUACCCACUCAGUGAAGUACAUAGAGCCUUACCCCCUACCACAGAGCCUUACCCCCUACCACAGAGCCUUACCCCCUACCACAGAGCCUUAAGCACUUCUACACGCCUCAACUGUUGCCAUUAAUCUAGCCAACUUCAGCCUCAGUUUACCAGGCUCUUGGCGUUCUCAAGACGAGUGUAAGGUACCACAAGACGACGACGUCUGUAUACUAACAUAAGCUUCAGGAACCAUCGUCUCUAGCCUCUGAAACCAACUCUAUUCCUCCACCCUUGCCAGCCCUCGCCCGUAGGAUAGGUAUAGCAUACCGAGUGAACGAACCAUCCAAGGCAUGGUAAGAAAUCUUUGUACCUUUUACCGAGUUACAUUCAUCAACUAUUGUGUAAUAAGUCCAGAUUGCCCAAGAGUUCACUUAAGAGGUGUAGGAGACCCAGUGGUAGGUGUUCAAGCGGCUGCAUCAGCAUCUCCAGUUUUACUACCAGCUUGAGCAGACCAUCUUCGGCCAGCUUGAGCUAGCAGACCAUCUUCGGCCAGCUUGAGCUAGCAGACCAUCUUCGGCCAGCUUGAGCUAGCAGACCAUCUUCGGCCAGCUUGAGCUAGCAGACCAUCUUCGGCCAGCUUGAGCUAGCAGACCAUCUUCGGCCAGCUUGAGCUAGCAGACCAUCUUCGGCCAGCUUGAGCAAGCAGACCAUCUUCGGCCAGCUUGAGCAGACGACGGGAACACCGACGCUGAACAGCACCUCUGACCAUAUCCUGCCUCUUCCACCAUCAACUGUUUACAAUGAAGCAAUCCAGGAUGAUGGUGUUUGCCCUCUUGGUUGUGGUGGUGUCCGGGAGUGUGUACACCCUUUUCACCAUCGUCACCUGCUCCUACCCCUUCAAGGUGCCCCUGUACCAGAGAGAUGACCCUGUGCCUACAAGGAGAGCCCUCGCCAAACGUAUCUUGGGAGUCGAGAGGAAGUUAAAGGUUCUAGCAGGUAAAGUGGGAAUGGUUGACAGUACGUGGGUCCUGGAACUUCUUUCCAUAGCUGCGGAACUUGACCCGCGAAUAUCUGCAGAAGAUAGUGUCGAGUAUCAGGUCAACUCGACUCUGAUAUCAGUGUCUUCAGAAGGAUCGACUACAACCGUGCCAAAGAAACGUCACGUUUGUCCUGAAGUAUACAGAGGCAGACAAGUUGAUUACCAGCUUCAGAGUAAUUUUAUGCAACUGGCCUGUGACUAUGUCCCAGAUUUUAAAGAUGUUUUAUCUGUCAUUAUUUCAACAAAGAGAUGGGAGUAUGAUAGAAUAAGAUUUGUCGUAGAAAAUAUGAGAAAACACUAUGAUGUAAAUAUUUAUAUAUUGACUUACAACACUAGUGUACCUCAAUCUUUAAAUAUUGACAGUACAUAUAUUAAGGUGUUCACUGCUGGUCAGUCCGAGUCAUAUGCCAUAAAUGAAGUGGUUACCACCAUAAACACACCUUUUACUCUAUUAGCAAACUCUCUAACUCAUUUUUCAGGACAGUGGUCACUAGAACGUCUUGUGAGAGUUUUGGACGAGCUUGAGACAGCAAAUGUUGCAUCAGGCGCAUAUAGGACCCUAAAUGGCCACUGGAAUCAUGGAUGUUUGCAACAAAGAAUGGAAAAUUACCAGCUGGUUUAUACCCGUGGUUACGAGCACUCAAAACACGAAUGUAUGUUUUGUGAUGAUGUUCUUGGGCCAUUUGUGGUCAGAACAGAUUUUUUGAAAAGGGUUCCUCUGACAGAGAGCUUGGAAGGCAUUGCUGUAUUUCAUGACUGGUUUCUUAAUGUACGCCUUAUGGGCAGUCUGGUAGUAGCCUGUCCAGAUGUUAUGUUUUUUGUUGAUACAGAACCACAUAUGGUACGUGAUGAAUGGUUGAAAAUUGCCAAAAAGUGGUCCUUACAGUAUAUUCAGCCUUUUGAAGGCAAUACACUGGAGUUUUCUUGUGAGGAAGCUGAAAUAACUUGUAAUAAUAUAUUCAAAGCUGUAUCUUCUUUCCUUUUGCCACCGUGCUGUAGAAUGAAAUUACGUCACGAACUUGGGUAUGUUGAAGACUGUGCAAGAGAGCUUGGGGUCUACUGUGAACUUCAGGCUGGAAGUUUGUUAGGUGCUGUUAAAGCUGACGGAGUAUUGCCUUGGGACUUGGACAUUGAUGUUACGACUGACUGUAAAGAUGAACAUCUCUGGUUUACUAAAGGUAUGGAGUGUAUGAGAAGGAAAAAUUGUAGAUCAGUUCAUGUGAAAGGUGAUUAUUGGACAUCAACGUGUGAGAUUUCUACAAUUGAUAUUUCAUGUCGCUACAAUGUCAGCAUUAUUUUGCCUGCAGAAUAUCGUGAUAUUCCAACUCAGAUUGAUGUUGAUGGAAAAUUUAGUACCGUGAAGCCAAAUCCAGGACUGGCUGCAAGAAACUAUUAUGGUUAUGAGUACCUAAAACAUGCAGUUCAUUGGCGCUACUCUAGUAAUGCCUCAUCGCCUAAUGAUGAUAGUUCAGCACAGGCACCAGGAACGUGGGGUGUUUGCAAGGAGCCAGGAUUUCACUCUUGCCUUGAUCACUUUCCUGUUGAUGGAAACUUAAUAUUUAAGAGACUUAACUGCCAACUUAAUUAGUAGUUAUAUAUAUAUUAUAUAUAUAUAUAUAUA